CUGCUGCAGGCUCCGCGGCGGCGGCGGCAACGGAGGCUGCGGGGGCAGCGGCGCGAGCGGCCGGGCUUGGGGGGGGUGCCGAGCCCGGCCCGGAAGCCCGAGCAGCCGGAGUGCGGGGUCCCUAGGCCCCUCACUCUGGGCUCCACAGUCUCCAGGCCGCCUGACCUCCGCACGGGUAUAUGGGAUGGAAGCGGGACCCUCGGGAGCAGCUGCAGGCGCCUACCUGCCCCCCCUGCAGCAGGUGUUCCAGGCACCUCGCCGGCCUGGCAUUGGCACUGUGGGGAAACCAAUCAAGCUCCUGGCCAAUUACUUUGAGGUGGACAUCCCUAAGAUUGAUGUCUACCACUACGAGGUGGAUAUCAAGCCGGAUAAGUGUCCUCGCAGAGUCAACCGGCUGCUCCUGUCCCUGCAGGGAAGUGGUGGAGUACAUGGUCCAGCAUUUCAAGCCUCAGAUCUUUGGUGAUCGCAAGCCUGUGUAUGAUGGAAAGAAGAACAUUUACACUGUCACAGCCCUGCCCAUUGGCAAUGAACGGGUUGACUUUGAGGUGACAAUCCCUGGGGAAGGGAAGGAUCGAAUCUUCAAGGUCUCCAUCAAAUGGCUAGCUAUUGUUAGCUGGCGCAUGCUGCAUGAGGCCCUUGUCAGUGGCCAGAUCCCUGUUCCCUUGGAGUCUGUGCAAGCCCUGGAUGUCGCCAUGAGGCAUCUGGCAUCCAUGAGGUACACCCCCGUGGGCCGCUCCUUCUUCUCACCGCCUGAGGGCUACUACCACCCGCUGGGGGGUGGGCGCGAGGUCUGGUUCGGCUUUCACCAGUCUGUGCGCCCUGCCAUGUGGAAGAUGAUGCUCAACAUUGAUGUCUCAGCCACUGCCUUCUACAAGGCGCAGCCGGUGAUUGAGUUCAUGUGUGAGGUGCUGGACAUCAGAAACAUAGAUGAGCAGCCUAAGCCCCUCACGGACUCUCAGCGUGUGCGUUUCACCAAGGAGAUCAAAGGCCUAAAGGUGGAAGUGACCCACUGUGGACAGAUGAAGAGGAAAUACCGAGUGUGUAAUGUUACCCGCCGCCCUGCCAGCCACCAGACGUUUCCCUUGCAGCUGGAGAGUGGACAGACUGUGGAGUGCACAGUGGCACAGUAUUUCAAGCAGAAAUACAACCUUCAGCUCAAGUAUCCCCACCUGCCCUGCCUGCAAGUUGGCCAGGAACAAAAGCAUACCUACCUGCCCCUAGAGGUCUGUAACAUUGUGGCUGGGCAGCGCUGCAUUAAGAAGUUGACCGACAACCAGACUUCGACCAUGAUAAAGGCUACAGCUAGGUCGGCCCCAGACAGACAGGAGGAGAUUAGCCGCCUGAUGAAGAAUGCCAGCUACAACCUAGAUCCCUACAUCCAGGAAUUUGGGAUCAAAGUGAAGGAUGACAUGACGGAGGUGACAGGGCGAGUGCUGCCGGCGCCCAUCUUGCAGUACGGCGGCCGGGUGAGCAGGAAUCGGGCCAUUGCCACACCUAAUCAAGGUGUCUGGGACAUGCGAGGGAAGCAGUUCUACAAUGGGAUUGAGAUCAAAGUCUGGGCCAUCGCCUGCUUUGCACCCCAAAAACAGUGUCGAGAAGAGGUGCUCAAGAACUUCACAGACCAGCUGCGGAAGAUUUCCAAGGAUGCAGGGAUGCCCAUCCAGGGCCAGCCUUGCUUCUGCAAAUACGCACAGGGGGCAGACAGCGUGGAGCCCAUGUUCCGGCAUCUCAAGAACACCUACUCAGGGCUGCAGCUCAUUAUCGUCAUCCUGCCAGGGAAGACGCCAGUGUAUGCUGAAGUGAAACGUGUUGGAGAUACACUUUUGGGAAUGGCUACACAGUGUGUGCAAGUGAAGAAUGUGGUCAAGACCUCGCCUCAGACUCUAUCCAACCUCUGCCUGAAGAUCAAUGUCAAACUUGGUGGCAUUAACAACAUCCUAGUCCCACACCAGCGCUCUGCCGUCUUUCAACAGCCAGUGAUAUUCCUGGGAGCAGAUGUUACACACCCCCCAGCAGGGGAUGGGAAAAAACCUUCUAUCACAGCAGUGGUAGGCAGUAUGGAUGCCCACCCCAGCCGUUACUGUGCUACUGUGCGGGUGCAGCGACCCCGGCAGGAGAUCAUUGAAGACUUAUCCUACAUGGUGCGUGAGCUGCUCAUCCAGUUCUACAAGUCUACCCGCUUCAAGCCUACCCGCAUCAUCUUCUACCGAGAUGGGGUUCCUGAAGGCCAGCUCCCCCAGAUCCUGCACUAUGAGCUGCUGGCCAUUCGUGAUGCCUGCAUCAAACUGGAAAAGGACUACCAGCCUGGGAUCACUUACAUUGUAGUGCAGAAACGCCAUCAUACCCGCCUUUUUUGUGCUGACAAGAAUGAACGAAUUGGGAAGAGUGGUAACAUCCCAGCUGGGACAACUGUGGACACCAACAUCACCCACCCAUUUGAGUUCGACUUCUAUCUGUGCAGCCAUGCAGGCAUCCAGGGCACCAGCCGACCAUCACAUUACUAUGUCCUUUGGGAUGACAACCGUUUCACAGCGGAUGAGCUCCAGAUCUUGACGUACCAGCUGUGCCACACUUACGUACGAUGCACACGCUCCGUCUCUAUCCCAGCACCUGCCUACUAUGCCCGCCUGGUGGCUUUCCGGGCACGAUACCACCUAGUGGACAAGGAACAUGACAGUGGAGAGGGGAGCCACAUAUCGGGGCAGAGCAAUGGGCGGGACCCCCAGGCCCUGGCCAAAGCCGUGCAGGUUCACCAGGAUACUCUGCGCACCAUGUACUUCGCUUGAAGGCAGAACGCUGUUACCUCACUGGAUAGAAGAAAGCUUUCCAAGCCCCAAGAGCUGUGCCGCCCAAAUCCAGAGGAAGCAAGGAGGAGGAGGGAGGGUAGGGAGGAGUUCAGAAGGCCUUGUUUCCUUCUACAAAGGGGGCAAAAGGGUGGGGAACAGGGCCAGUAAGCCAGACCACCAGCCAGAAAUCUUUGAUGUCCACCUCAUGACCCCCACCCCUCCACCCAUCUUGUCACAUCUGGCCCUGACCCCACUGGACCAAGAGGGGCAGCACUGGUGCCCACCAUACACACAGGUGUCUCAUGUGACUCACAGUGCUAAAGACUCAUGCCUGACAGCUUGCUAAGGUCGGCUCUGCAGCCCCGCGGACAAAAGCUGGUAGGUUUGGGUUUGAUACUUUAGAUGGGAGAGUGAGGGGCUUGAGAAAGUGGGUGGGAGGAGGGAAGGAUUUUUUAGGAGCCUUAAUCAGAAAAGGUCUAGAUUUGUUUAAGAGGAAAAACGAAACCAGACCCAGAUCAAUAUUUUAGAAUACUAGAUGUUUUAAUGGGUUGAAAAUCCAGUUUGUAGGAAGAUUUUUAAUGCUAAUGAUUUUGGUUGCUCCUCCCCCAGCUGACACCCCUUUUUCCCUUAUUCCUUUCUCUCUACUUUGUCUACCCCACCUUACACCUCCUCCCUGACAGACAUCCAGCCCCUAGUAAGACUUAAGGCACUAUGGCACUUAGCUCUGAAGUGACACGACCCUGUCUUCCUUCCGCCUACUGGUGGGUAACCAGUGCCUUCCCUGUAACGGUAAUGCUGCAGAACUGCAACCUUUUGUACCUUUCUUUGGGGGGAUGGGGUGGGGGUGGGAGAGGAGGUAGGUGGGGAAGAAAUACCCCUAACCCAACAAGCCUCUAGCCAGAGCGCCAGCUACUUUGCAUUCAAAGGAAUUAACUUCCAUAUUCAUUGAGCUUUUAAAAAGAUCACAACCUCAAGAUGGUUAAAGUCCAUUGACAUUUGCACUUUCAGACAUGACAAGUCUAGGAGCUGCUGAGAUGACUGGCCCUUGGCCUUUCCACUUGACGCCUCCUUUUCUCCCUGUCGUCGUCCCCCCCCCCCCCCCCCCAGCCUUCCCACCUGCCUGGGUCUGGAGUUACUUACAUCGCAUUUCUCAUUCUUGGCUUCUUUUUUCCCCUGAUGGUCAAGUCGAUUAUGUUUCAAUAUUUCUUAACUGGGGUGUCUUAUAACAAAUGAUCUUUAGGUCUAAAAUAAGAAAAAAAAAAAGAGCAAAAACUAAAUGUUAUUUUUAUACCAUAACUUGAGUCUGUUGCCAAAAUCUGGAAAUCCCUCCCAUGCCCAAUAAGUUUACAUCCCAGAAACAUUGAGCCAUCAGAAGGAACUAUGUACCUGACUUAUUCUUUGGCCUGGCUAGGUAGGGAGAGUGGUUAUCUCCCCAAGGUGGGGCUCAGGCUCCACCCUUCCCCUGUGCAGAUAAUAUCGUUUUCUUGCUGUAGGCGCCCUCCUCUGCACUGCCCUGUACUCUUCCUGCAAGUGCAUCUUCCCUUUCUCUAGACUGUUCUCUGACACUUUGGCUCAUCCCAGAUUCCAGUGUGUCCUGUGGACAGGCUGGGGGAUUUUGCUGCUCCCUAUCGCUUCUGUUUACACAAAUGAAUUUUUCCCAGUUUCCCACUAGGGCAUGUGAGUGGGUGGCAUGGGCCUUUGUUUUGUUUUGUUUUGUUUUGUUUUUGUCUCCCUGGAUAAAGAUGGGGUUUGGCUAUCUUGCAGAACUGGAAAAGUAGGGGGUUUCUAGCUUGGUGCCUGCUGGCCUUGAGGCAAGGCCCCCUCUUUCCUUAACUGUUCAUUUUUUUCCUAUCCCACUGCUUGGGAUGAGGAGUUGCAGCUUCAGUGUGGAAGUUCCUCUUUGUGAGGAGCCUGGGCUUGGGUUUGCCCCAAUCUGGUGAUGAAGCCAUGACACUUUAGACCUAGCUCAGGCUUGGAGGCCAGUCUGAAUCCUGGCCUGUGUGCUUAGAGCUACCAUUUCCCCUCUCCAGCAGCCCUUGUACAGACCCAGAUUUGCUAUGCAAAACAGUCUAUCCCAGGUUCUGUUCUGGUUGGCUACUUUGUUCAGCAACUUCACAAAACGUAGCACAAACAUUGAUUAUGGAGAAGGCAUCAGGACUGUUGAGUAACUCCUCCUCUACUUCUUCCCUACUGGCUACGGCAUGGGAUGCCCCAUGGGCACAGCCCAGCUGAAGAACAGAAUGGAGGGCUCUGGGAGGAGGCAGCUCACUGGAGAGCCUACAUUCCUUACACAAGUGCCUAAAGAGAGUGAUGCCAACACUCCAUCUGCCCUGUCCAUCGCCUUCAUAUAGUGUCUACUUCGUGUUCAGUCACCCUUUGGGGAGGGGAGCUCUCUUGGGACAAUGGGCUCUGCAUGUUCUCUUCUUUGGGUGCAUUUAGGGGCUGGGAUCAGGGCACUGUUCCUGGAGGGUCCAGUCAUUCACCAGCAUUUGCAAAUAUCCAUAGGGAGCUGGUGGUAACCACCUACUCUCAGCAACAAGUUUAUGUUCUCCUUUUUCUCUCUUUGCCUCACUCUCUCCAUUUGGAUUUUGAGCUGGGGCUUAAAAAGCAUUUUUUAGCCCUUGGGCAUUGCACAUGCCAUUCAUGAAAUAAAAAAGCAAGAGAAGCAGUUUGGGCAAUGGCAAGAAAAUGACUUCUUGCUCUGAUUUCUUUUUUUUUAAUCUUUGAGACUUGAAAAAUAUCCUUGACCUUGAGGAUUAUUCUUGUUUGAAAGAUGGUGCAUGCAGUUUGAGAAGUGGUGUUAGCAACAAGCUUUGGAUUUCUUGGAUUUGGUUAAGUGGUGCUUCUUACUUGUGCUCUGAGAAAGUGUUGGGGGGACCCCAGCCUCAUCCUCUUGGACAGGUCUCUUGCUCCCUUCAUUCUACUCUCUUGCCUCUCUUUUCUACUUAUCUCUUUCCCUGUUGUCCUUUUCCUUUUUUCAAUUCACUAAGCUUGUUUGCUGGCCUGCCUGCCUACGUGAUGAUGAAUUCUCUGCAUGGCUAUGAUAAUCCCACUGUUAGCUAGCAAGGUCAGGCUUAAUACUCCUUGGCUGCAGAAGACCAAGAAUCUGUUCUCCAAGCCUGGUGAUGUUCUCUCUGGGCUUGACUGCCAUCGAUGUUAUACAAAGGCAGAUCAGCAAGCCUGCCUACCUGGCAUGAAAUCAGGAGGGCUUCUGACAACUUCCACACCUGUCCACUCCUUGGGGUUGGUUUCUCUCAUUGCUUUUUCUAGAUCUGGUUCCAUGUCUCUACUGGGGCCUCCCUUUUCUGAGGAUGUCCUAGGGUUGAGCUACUUGGUUUCCGGUGUUGGGGGGUUAGGGGAUGGACAUGGGGGAAGAAGAGAGUGAUCGGAAGAAAAUGGGAGAGAAUUUGGAUAAAAGAUGGGAAAGAGCACUGUUUAUUGAUCAUUUUUCCAGUCUAGUCUGACCCAUUGGGGGUUGAGGUGCUAUUGCUGAACCUUGGGAUAAGCCUGGGGCUAUUGUUGAUGGGAACUUAGGUUUAGAAUAAUGAUGAGGAAGGUACCUAAAAGCAUGAAAUCUCCCUAAAAACCUCCUGGUUCCCACCUACUAGAUAGCCCCACUAAGGCCUCCUCAUUGGCUAAGCAACAAUGUUCUUGGAUGGGUUUUGUUUUUGUUUUUGUUUCUGUUUUUUUGGGGUCCAGAAUUCAGUAAAUGAGGCUAGCACUCAGGAUGGGCAGCCAAGGGGACAAUUUGACUUCUUUGCUGGCCCAUGGGGUAUCUAUCUGCAAGGCUGGUGGACAGUGUUUUAGACCUGGCAUCAUGUGUAACAAAGAAGAAUGGAAGUUCCUUCCCCUUCAGGGUGGAAAGUCAUCUCAAACUAGCCAAAAUGCAGUUUUGGAAACUACAUUGGGGGAAGUUAUUUUUUAUAUUUACUGGGCCUCGGCCAAUCCAGGAUGGUAGCUGGGAUGCCUUCCUUUUAAAGUCUGAUCAUGGCAGGGAUAUGCAGGGCACUCUUUCCUAUUUAGCCUUCUAAGCAGAUUGGGGAGAAGGGAUUCUCUGGUUUUCUCUUUCCCCCCUUUUAUUAGGACUUGCCUUCUCCCUAGGCAGGGAGAGAGGCUAGGUUGGUGCUCUCCCCUUACUCUAUUCCUACUGACUUAGAACCUCUGGCUGCUGUUUGGGAGCCUAAGAAUGGGAGUGGAGGGAAUGGGCUCAAAAUAAAACAGAAUAAGGUGGGGAAGGCAGAUUUCCUUCUUUAAAAAGGAAAAUAGGAAACCCUCCAAGGAUUGUGCAAGUAAAGACAAUGUGUCAAAUGCACUGAGUCCCCUGGUGUAGUAGCAAUAAGGAAAAAUGAAAUGACUUUCCUGUGCACACAGUCCAACCCGAUUGGUGUGUGAUGUUGCACUUAGCAGCCAUCUGGUGGGCAUGUGUGACUACUCUGGGUUUCACUUUAGUUUCUAAACUUUUUAUCCCUCUCAAGUCCAGCAUGGAUGGGGAAAUGUCCCUGGAGCCCCACAGCUGUGUACUUGUUUGCAUUUGUUUCCCUUUGAGACUUGUGUUUGUGUCCUGCUUCGAGCUGUACCUUGUCCAGUCCAUUGUAAAAUUUUCCCAACAGCUGUAAUGUACAGUUCCUUCUAAAGCAAGCAACAGCAGCACAAUUCUGUGUUUUAUAAAGACAACAGUGGCUUCUAUUUCUAAAGUGCGGUCUCUCUCUCUCUUUUUCCCCAGCCCCAUUAGCAAAGCAAACUGUUGGGAUUAAUUAUAUCUCUGAUAGAUUUUAGGUUAGACUAAUAGAUUGUUAUAAGAGCAGAACCAUCACUUAUAUAGGAAAGUGGAUAAAAAAAAUACCAGAAUGUUGAAACUACAGAUAAUAUGUAAUCCUUCACAAGCCCUCCAUUUAUUCUUCAUUCAACAAACCAUGCAAAGCAUUGUGUCCAGCAGUAUUGUUGGGGGAGGAAGCAAGCACAGAUCAAAAAUGAGGAAAACCGUGUCUCUCUCCUUAAGGAACUUAAAGUUUCGUGGGGGAGAGGAGUGGCCAAAUGAUUCCCUGGCCAAAUGGUGAGAGACUGAUACGAGGCUAUUGAGCUGUAGCAGUGAAAUAGGAAAGGGAAGAUUUUUGAGAGAUGCUCAGAAGAUAGAAUUAAUAGUACUCAAUAGAAGAUGGAAGGGAAAGAGAGGAGCAGAGUCUAAUAACGCUCAGGUUUCUGCUUGAGCAAUGGGUAUAUUGGGACAUUUUUCUAACCAACACUGGGGGAGAAGGAAGAAUAUAGAAGAAAGAUGGUGAAUUUUGUGAAGACCGCCUUGUAUAAGACUGAGUUUAGAGGUUCCCAUGAGGCAACAAGUUUAAGGUUUCCAGUAAACACAUAUUUUAGUUCUCAGGGAAUACUACAGAACUGCAGUUGUAGAUAACGGGAUUCAUACUCCUAUAGAUGGUAGGUAAAGCUGUAGGAAUGAACAAGAUGGCUUAGAAAAAGAGUAGAUCAAGAAAAACAUAGUGUCCAACUCCAGGAAACACAAUUUAAAGGAUGAGAGGAAGCUGAGCCUAAGAAGACUGUUAAAUCACUACUAGAUACCUUGUUUAGUUUUUACUUAAUGAGGUAGGAGAAAAGUUAGAAUGCAAUAGGAUCCAAGAAGGGCAUAAUUAACAACAUGAACUGCACUGAGGAGGAGGUAUUUUUUUCUACUCAGUUUACCAUCCUCCACUCCAUCUUCUUUGACAUCUUACAACUAUGUGGUCAUUCUCCAGUAUUUCUUGAAAGUGAGCAUUGAAAAAACCUAAUUUAAAUAAGGCUAAGACCAGGAUUUCCGAAUUGUUCACCACAACCACCACCUCCACCUCCACCUUCCUCCUGUCCUCAGGAGAUACUUGUAAAAGAAUAAAAUAAACAAACCUAAUUUUGUUCCUAA